CAAAACAAUGAGUCACUUCACGUUAUUGAAAAGCGGAAAACUUCUCUUGGCGUUACUAGUGCUGGAUUCGUUAUUUGCCGGAAGCACAGAUGCCACCACCCACGAACCGGGAUUUACCGGGCCCAUCACAAAUGUCACUGCGCCGCUGGGCCGAGAGGCGAUACUCGCUUGCACCGUACACAACCUGUCCACUUAUAAGGUGGCCUGGCUACGAGUAGACACGCAGACCAUCCUUACGAUCCACACCCACGUGAUAUCCCGCUCGCGCCGCGUGGGGGUGACGCACAGUGACCACCGUACCUGGUUCCUGCACAUCCGAGAGCUACGGGAGACCGACCGCGGCUGGUACAUGUGCCAGAUCAACACCGACCCUAUGAAGAGCCAGCUAGGGUAUUUGGACGUCGUGGUCCCGCCGGAUAUAUUGGAUCGCGGAACGAGUCGUGACCACACGGUCCGCGAAGGCGCCUCCGUCAGCCUGACGUGUGCCGCCACCGGCUCGCCGCAGCCCCAGAUCGUGUGGCGACGCGAGCACUCCAAGCCUAUCGUCCUCUCUGAUGGAAUACAAGUGUCUUCCCUGGAAGGACCAGUGUUAAACAUAAGCCGCGUGACCCGCCAACAUGCUGGGGCCUACCUGUGCAUAGCGUCCAACGGCGUCCCGCCCACGCUCAGCAAGAGGAUCAUGCUCACCGUCGAGUUCCCGCCAGUGAUCACGAUAAGGAACCAGCUGGUCGGCGCGGCGCUGGGCUCCGACCUGGUGCUGGAGUGCGACACAGAAGCCUACCCUAAGCCGGUGAGCUACUGGAGCAGAGAUAAUGGGGAAAUUGUUCCUGUUGGCGGAGGUUUCGAGCCGCAGAAGUUCGACGGGGCGUUCCGGUCAGUGAUCCGACUGCCGAUCCGGCGCGUUACGAGCGCGGACUACGGCGCCUACAAAUGUGUCUCCAAGAACGCCUUGGGGGACACCGAGGGCACCAUCAAACUAUAUCCUAUGCCGCAACCUGCACUGGACAAUAAAAAUGUUGUCCAAAGGCUGAACAUCGUUGCGGACAAGGCAUCAGAAAUAACACCUUUUGGUACACAAGAUUUCAGACUACAAGACUACAACGGAGCAAUCUCGGUGGAUGGUCGCUGUUUUGGUUUUUUGAUCUCAUUAGUGAUUUUAAUUAAGGCAUUGAUUACUUGAGGGGGUGGUAGCGAAAAUACUGUACCUAUAUUUAAAUAGCUGGAUAUCCAAGGAGGGAGCGAGACAUGGCGAGAGAAUCAAUGUGGGCAAGACAUGUUAAGAGGUGGAUAUUUAGCUAAUUAAUUCGUAAUAAUUGCUUUGUUGUCUUUGAGACUGAUUGGCAGCUGUACACGUAUGGCUGCCGCUUAAGGGUUAUUCGCAGUAUUUUGAAUUAUGCAAACUAAGCUAUUUAGCGUAUUAAAUUGUAAAUUGUAAAAGAAUAGGUACGUUCUAUUUAAUAUAGCUACCCGGUUGUACCUACCUAUUGCUUAUGUAAAAAAAACUUAUCUUUGUGAAGUUGGAUAAAUAUUUAAAAGAAUUUCAGCUGAUAAUAGUAAGUACGAGUAAGUGAAACAAAUUACUGUAGCUGAUUAUAGACUAAUUAACUCUACGUAUCAUUUGAACACAUGUUGUAAUUAAUUCUUUGUGCGUAUUAUUUAUCAUGAAAUUGUUAGAUACUACCCCUUUCAUAAACGUUCACUAAUGUUAUCAAUAGUUACUAUGUUGCUUUAAAAACGCAUUAUUGUAAAAGGUUUAUUUCAAAUAAAGUGUAAAGUUAUUCUAGUGUGGAGCUAAAUUAUAUUUAAUUAUUUUUAGAGGUAGAUUCAAUUACAUGAAUAUCUUAAUUGUAUCUUAUGAUACCAACAUAUCUGUGGAGUUUAUUUUGAAGAAUGUAAAAAUGUAAAGAUUACUAUAGUCAUUUACAUAUUGUAACAAAACUAGCAUAAAUAUAAAGUCACAGGUCAAAAGAAAACUAACAUAUUAUUUCGUAUCAUAAGUAGCUAAUGUAUAUUUUUAAAUUGAAGGAAAAAUGGGAAAGUUCACACCUCCGGCAGGACUCGAACCUGCGACCUUUGGCCUUGCCGGGGCC